CGUUCUCCCUUAAUAUUUAGGGGGACCCUAGAUUGCAUUCUUUUUUCCUUUUUUUAAUUCACUAGAAGGGCUCCCAUACAGAACCUCCAACUCACAGGGCACUGCAUUACAACCCCCACUCCACUCCUGCAAACCGAUGAAGUCCCGUAAGGGUAGCACCAUGUAAAACAGCGAAGCACUUUAAUAUAGCCGCAACGUGACUCCGUCAUUAAGAGAAUGGGCAGCGGUGAGUCAUUUCUACCUCUUUUUGUUCGCGUAUAUUAUUACAAAAAGAGAUAUAAUUGGCCCUCUCUUUAUUAGUGAACAAGCUGAAUGGACUGAAUGAAGAACUAGAUUUGAACGUCCCGCCCUACCAGGCGACUCCUCCGAGCUCCACCGAGGCGGAGGCGCACAGAGCUCUCCCCUCCAGCAGUCAGCAGUGUGUCGGGAAGCUCCGCACACACUGUUCACGAAGGACGAACUACGACAGGAACACCUAUCAAAAGCAACUUCUGUAAACCACGAAGCCUUUACUUACAUUUGGAACCGACACAGAGCAGAAACGCAGUUUUCCCUGAGUCGAGUAUUUUAUCCCGCGUUUUCCCUUCUUUCCCACUGGAGAUGUGUCGGUUGGAGAACUAGGAGCGGACAACGCUGCACCACGAAGCCGGGAUGAGUGGCAGCUCCGCGGUGUCCGGCGCGGCGCCCUGCCGCUUCGCCCACUACUUUGUUAUUUGUGGGAUAGACACAGAAACUGGACUGGAACCGGACGAGUUGGCAGCUUUGUACCAGUGGCUAGAAGCCGACCGCCAAGGCAGGGAUCCAGAUACUGCAGCCACAGGUGAAAACUUUGAGCAGAGCCCCCUGAAGAGGACGUUCAAGUCCAAGGUUCUUGCACGCUACCCUGAGAAUGUGGAGUGGAACCCCUUCGACCAGGAUGCAGUCAACAUGCUGUGUAUGCCUAAAGGCCUGUCGUUCCGGACGCAGGCGGACAGGCGCGAGCCACAGUUCCACUCCUUCAUCAUCACCAAGGAGGACGGCUCUCGAACCUACGGCUUCGUCCACACCUUCUACGAGGAGGUGACCAGCCCGCAGAUCUGCUCCGCCAUGCAGACCCUCUACCAGAUGCACAACGCAGAGCACGCCUCCGCCAACCCCCCUUCCUCCUCCUCUUCCUCCUCCUCCUCCAGCAUGGACUCUCUGGCCAGCAGUUUAGACGAGGCCGACCCCCCUACCUCCUCAUCAUCCUCAUCUUCAUCUCGCGGGGCAGGCGGCUACGACUCCUCUCGUGACACCCUCUAUGUGUCCAAGGCCCUGUGUCUGAUCACGCCGAUGCCCUUCAUGCACGCGUGCCGCCGUUUCCUGUCACAGCUGCACCGGGCCGUCACAGCCACCACCGCCCCCCCGCUGCCGCUGGAGAGCUACGUUCACAACAUCCUGUAUGAGGUGCCGCUGCCCGCUCUUGGCCGCUCACUCAAGUUCCACGGUGUAUACGAGCCCAUUGUGUGCCAGAGGCCGGGGCCUGGGGAGCUGCCGCUGGCUGACUUCCCCCUCGCAGAGGUCUUCAAUCUCCUGGGAGUAGAGAACCUGGUCCAGGUGUUCACCUGCACCCUGCUGGAGAUGCAGAUCCUCCUGUACUCGCAGGACUACCAGCGGUUGAUGACGGUUGCCGAGGGCAUCACCACGCUGCUGUUUCCCUUCCAGUGGCAGCACGUCUACGUUCCCAUCCUGCCAGCCUCCCUCCUUCACUUCCUGGAUGCUCCCGUCCCCUACCUGAUGGGCCUGCAGUCCAAGGAGGGCACUGACCGCUCCAAACUGGAGCUUCCUCAGGAGGCCAACCUGUGUUUUGUGGACAUUGACAACCACUACAUUGAGCUUCCAGAGGACUUCCCCCAGUUCCCCAACAAGUCUGAGUUCAUACAGGAGCUCAGCGAGGUGCUGCUUAGCUUUGGCAUUUCUGCCAAUGCAGGGGCCCCACCACGGACCCGCACCAGUCCCGGCAGCACCCCCUCCACACCAGGCAGGGAGCGUAAGGUCGUCGCCCUCCGGCAGCUGGAGGAUGAUGGGCGUAACGGCAACUUGGCAGGGGAGGAGCUGGCUGUGCUGGAGCUGCUGCAGGGAAACGCCACCCUGGAGAGACUGCAGGCGCUGACCAAACGCACCGGGGUGACGGUGGCCCGCGUUGAUGCCCUGAGGGCUGGAGUCAAAGGUCAGGUGACUGAGGGGCAAGGGGGCCAGACAGCAGCUGAAGACGAGGAGCUAAGGAACGCCAAGCUGAAUGUCCAACUGAGGGAGGUGUUCGCCAGCCGCUUCACCACCAUGUUUGCCGACUACGAAGCCUUUGUCAUCCAGAGUGCCCCAGAUCUGGAGUCCUGGCUCACCAACAGAGAGCAGAUGCACAACUUUGACAAGGCCUCCUUCCUGUCAGACCAGCCGGAGCCCUACCUGCCCUUCCUCUCCCACUUCAUUGAGACGCAGAUGUUUGCCACCUUCAUCGACAACAAGAUCAUGUCCCAGUGGGAGGAGAAGGAGCCACAGCUCCGUGUCUUUGACGCACGCAUCGAAAAGGCCCGCCUCUAUAAUGUCCGCGCUCCCAACCUCCGAUCCUCCAGCUACCAGAGGUGCUCCAUCCUCAAGGAGUCUGCUCAGUCUAUUGAACAGCGGCUGAUGAAGAUCGACCACACGGCCAUCCACCCACACCUGCUGGACAUGAAGAUCGGUCAGGGCAAAUACGAGCAGGGAUUCUUCCCUAAACUACAGGCCGACGUGCUCAACACAGGACCAACAAAUAACAAGUGGUCUCACAGGACGGCAACAGCCCAGCGACGGAAAGAUCGCCACAGACAACAAACAGAGCAUCUGACCCUCGACAACGACCUGAAAGAGAAGUACAUGCAGGAGGCCCGCAGCCUGGGGAAGAACCUCCGACAGCCCAAACUGUCUGAUCUGUCUCCCGCCGUCAUCGCCCAGACCAACUGGAAGUUUGUGGAGGGGCUGCUCAAGGAGUGUCGGAUGAAGACAAAGCGUAUGCUGGUGGAGAAGAUGGGCCGGGAGGCGGUGGAGCUGGGCCACGGCGAGGCCAAUAUUACUGGACUGGAAGAGAACACUCUGAUCGCCAGCCUGUGUGACCUGCUGGAGAGAAUCUGGAGCCACGGGUUGCAGGUCAAACAGGGGAAGUCGGCCCUGUGGUCCCAUCUGCUGCAUUGUCAGGCCCGAGAGGAGAAGCUGGAGCAGCAGCAGGCCGAGUCACCAGUAUCACAUGUUCCUGAGAGGAGGAAGUCUGAUAGUUAUAUUGCAAUGCCGUCUCUACGUGUAUCUCUGAUACAGGAUAUGAGGCGCAUCCAGAGUAUGUCAGAGAUUAAGACAGAUGUGGGACGAGCCCGAGCCUGGAUCCGUCUGUCCCUGGAGAAGAAGCUGCUCUCUCAGCACCUCAAACAGCUGCUGUCCCGACAAGCCUUAACCAAGAAGCUGUACAAGCGUUAUGCCUUCCUGCGCUGUGAAGAGGAGAAAGAACAGUUCCUCUUCCACCUGCUCUCUCUCAACGCUGUCGACUACUUCUGCUUCACCAGCGUCUUCACCACCAUCAUGAUUCCGUACCGCGUUGUCAUCAUCCCCAUCAAGAAGCUGAGCAACGCCAUGACCACCUCCAACCCCUGGGUGUGUGUGUCGGGCGAGCUGGGAGAUUCGGGCAUCAUGCAGAUCCCCAAGAACGUCCUGGAGAUGACCUUUGACUCUGCUUUCAGGCCUCACACGCACAUCUCCGCCAUGUUCAAGUGUCAGAACCUGGGGAAGUUGACCACAGUGCAGCUGGGUCAUGAUAACGCCGGCCUCCUGGCUAAAUGGCUGGUGGACUGUGUCAUGGUACGCAAUGAGAUCACAGGACACACAUACAGGUUCCCAUGUGGUCGAUGGCUUGGUAAGGGCGUGGAUGACGGCAGUCUGGAGAGGGUUCUGAUAGGUGAGCUGGUGGUGCCCAGCGGAGAGGAGGAUUCUGGGAAGGGCUGCCGUACGCCCCCGCCGCAGCAUUCGCCAUCGCAGACCAGACGCAUCAGCAUCACGUCACUGUCUGGACGAGGAUACAAACCAAAUUCAGCCCAAAUCCAAGAGGCCAUCGGGGAGGCGGUGAACAACAUCAUCAAACACUUCCACAAGCCAGAGAAAGAGAGAGGCAGCCUGACCGUCCUGCUGUGUGGAGAGAACAGCUUGGUGUCAGCUCUGGAGCAGUUCUUCCAUCACGGCUUCAAGUCGGCCCGGCUCUUUCAGAAGACUGUGUUCGUGUGGGACUUUGUGGAGAAGGCCGUUGCCUACAUGGAGUCAGCUGACCAGAUGGGAGACCUUCAGGAGACAGCAGAGCCCCUGGGGAUGACCUGUCAAUCACUCUGCCACUAUGUCAACGCCAUCAACUCCACACCCAGGAACAUCGGCAAGGAUGGGAAGUUCCAGCUGCUGGUCUGCCUCGGAGCCAGGGACCGCCUGCUGCCCCAGUGGCUUCCCCUGCUGGUGGAGUGCCCGGUGAUCCUGCGGAUGUACGAGGACACGGCCCUGCUCAGAGACCGCACCACUGUCAACGCCCUCAUCGGAGUCCUGGAGACGCUCCACGACUUCCCCAUCACACUGGAGGCCUCGCUGGUCAAAGGCAUCGACCUUUAACACCAGGGGGGACCACCGGGUUACCCAACUAGCUCUAUGUUUUCCUCCAACCCUCCCCUCACCACCACCAACACCACCACCUUCACCUGCCCUGCCAGCUUACAGCCCAUUGGCUCUGGGAUUAUUAGACGCAUGACCAGGGAUGGAGGAAACGAGGGGCAAGAGACCAAAGCAGCAAGUUCAACUGCUUCACAAGAGAAGUCAGGGCUUUGGAUGGAUGAGCUUGGAUGCAGUAUUAUUACCCCACCUGUGGCUCUGAAAGACUCUUUUUAACUAGGGACCAUACCAGUGAUUUAUCAGAUUCUCUUCAUUAACUACAAAUCCCAAACAUUCUACAUUACUGUGUACAAUUCACCAAAAUACUACAAUACUUUUAAUAAUUUGUUUUUAGAUUGACUAUCUACCUUCCAGGUAGCCUCUGGUUUCAGUUUAUUUCAGUACUCUAUGAAAAUCACUUUCCUACUCUGUCUGUGGCUCUCAUCUCCAACCCCACUGGUUCCCACUGAAGAUGUAAAUCUUUACGGCUCACAAAUAUAUAAUUUCAUUUUUAAAGAGGUUCAGUAAUUUCCUAAAACA